AGUGCCGAGCCGCCGACCCGCGCAGCGCUCCGGCCCCCGCGUCUCCCUGCCGGCUCCCGCCGCGUGUCGCUCAUCGCCGACCCCAGUGCGUCGCCCUGCCUCCGGCCGCCUGACGCACCAGCAGGGGGGCCUCGGCGCUGCCGCCCCCAGCCGCGCCAACGGACGUCUCUGAGCGCCGACGGACUGCUCUGAAGCGCGUCCGCAGCGCGGACGCCUCUGAGGUACCUCCCCAGCGUGGACGCCUCUGAGGUACCUCCGCAGCGCGGACGCCUCUGAGGUGCCUCCCCAGCGCGGACUCCUCUGAGGUGCCUCCCGCACCAACACCUCUCGGGUGCACAUCCAGCGCCGACGGACAUCUCUGAGGUGCAUGUCCCGGCUGGCGAAAGCCUCUGAGACACAUCUUUCCCGCCGGCGGACGGCUCUGAGGAGCAGCUCCUAGGUUGUCGGAAGCCUGUUAACCACAGGACAGCAUGGCAGUGCCGCUGCCCAAGGGCGAAAAUUUUGGCCGCAGCCGGCGGUCGCGCCGCACGCUCGUGCUCGCCGUAGUGUUCGUGCUGUACCUGGCGCUGGGCGGCAUAGUCUUCAGCUACCUGGAGCUGUACGAGAAGGAGCACAUCACCACGCAGCCCACUCAGGCCUGGCGGCAUCUGCAGGCGUUCCUGGAAGGUGACGACGACAACGGCACGUCGGCCGCUUCGGACAGAUGGACCACGCUGAAGGCCGCAGCCAUCGCCAGCUGCGAGACCGACGCCGCGGAACAGCUCGACGUCCUGCUGGAGGAGGAGCGGCUCGUCAACGGCAGCUCGCUGGUGCAGCCGCUGCUACUCUGCGGCCCGGCCGCGCAGGAGACGACGAGCAAAACGCAGCAGCAGCACUGGAGCUUCAUCGACGCCGUCUUCUUCUGCAUGACCGUCAUCACCACCAUCGGUUACGGCCACAUCUCACCGUCCUCGGCCGGCGGCCAGAUCUUCUGCAUCAUCUACUCGCUGCUGGGCAUUCCCAUCAGCGGCCUGCUUCUGGCCGGACUUUCCGACUUCUUCGCCGGCAACCUGCUCAACUUCUACGACUCCAAGUGGGAGAAGAAAUACGGAAAGUCCAGAUGGAGCCUGGCGGGUUUUACCGCCCUCUACCUGCUGGUGGGUUUCCUGCUGUUUGUGUUCGCACCAGCGCUGGUGUUCACUUGGCUGGAGGGCUGGAGCUACCGCGUAUCCGUCUACUACGCCUUCAUCACCCUCUCCACCAUCGGCUUCGGCGACUACACGGCAGGAAUCGCGCGCGACGACGCCUGGACAUCGGUGUACAAGGUGUUCGUCAUGCUCUGGGUGCUGAUCGGCCUCGGCUACUGGGUGCUCGUACUUAACUUCCUGCAGAAGGCACUCAAGUCCAAGGAGGUGAUGAAGACGCUGCGUCAGACGUCCAAGCUGAUCGCCAAGGAGGCUGACGAAAUUCGACAGGCGCUAUCUGAGGUCGGCCUGCUGCACCGCGACGCCGUGUUCGUGCCCGAGCACUCCAAGAUGACCAUGAGCAUGAUGAUGAACAUGAGCACGAUGCUGGCUGGCGGCGCGCAGCAGGUGGCCGGCGAGGAGGCCGGCCGGCCGGACCAGCUGCGCGGCAUCCACACGAUGGGCGCCAACCUGCGCUCCAACAGCCUGCUCAGCGCGCUGAUGGCCUCAAUGCCGGCGGCCGGGCCAUCGGAGGCCGCCACUAGUCCGGCAGAGCCGCUGCUGAGUGCCCGGCCGCCGGCGGAGGAGAGGCCCCAGGCCGCGGCAACGGCGAACGGGGACGACAGGGGUGUCUGAACAGGGCGGUGGUGUUUGAUGAUGUCUGAGCAGGGCGGCAGUAGGGCGGUGAUGUUUGCACUUGUAGGCCUGCGGACAUCUUUGGGCCAGAUCCCGGCAUUUGCCGCCAAAUGUCGGUAGACUCGUCGACGUAGUGUUGCCAGAACAUGGCUAGUGUGUACCAAUGCGAGGCAAGUGACACGGUCAUGCGAAAUACCUGGUGUAAUAGUAACAAUCGUUUUGGCUAGUAUCUACACCGCAGUAUCUGUUGUGGCAAAUUUCUUCGAGCGCCCAUCUUUGGGAGCGCGUGGCACGCGCCUACAACGCAUUUAUCCUCGUUCACUGGAGACACGUCGCUGGUGUCACGGGAUGAGUACAACCUUGAGCGAAGUCUUAGCUUGAUAGAUAGUACUGACUGACAAAUACGGCACAAGUGCACACAUCCGGUGCUAAAUAAACACAUGCUUUUCGUUUGAGAUAGGCCAUAUAAUAUACAGUUUGCGGAGAAAGAGUCCAAUGAAAAAAGGCCGGGUGGGUGAAAGUCAAGCGAAAAAGUCGAACGGUGAGAAGGUGACAUGGAUAGAUGUCGAACAGGAAAAUAAAUUGAACGCCAAAAAGUCGGUAUGAA